CAGCUGGACUUUUCGUUGUUCUUGCAAGCUACCACCCUCUCUCAAUGAACGGCUUUCAUUGUAUUGAGAAGCCACUUCGCUCGGCUUGUUCCAUGAACAGUCAAUCGUCAAUCUAGAACCAUCAUGGAUCCUUCGCUGAUCAAAGAACUCCAGCUGGAGCCGCUCUCACCACGAGGCAGCGAUUCCAGUUAUUCCAGCGAACCACUGGGCAGUGAUUCCAGCAAUUCCAGCAAACCCCCCAGCGACAGCGAUAGGAGCGUACGAAACCCCCAGUCCGAAGCCAAGAUGGCAGUGGACCAGUCGCAACGUCGGCGCCCCCCACCACUGGACCUGCAUCAAUCCAGCGAGAUACAGGACCCUGAGAAACUCAGCAGGUCGCAAUUUGCAGAGUCCACAAAUUCGCAGGAAGAGUGGAUGUCAGGCUGUUUCAAAGGAGACCAAGAAACAGACGAUGAACACGAUGUCAAGAUGGAGUCUGCGGUUGACAAGCAUCCCAUCAUGGGCAAGUUCAGUUCUCUAUUCCGCAGCAAGUCGGAUAAAGACAAGCCCAACGAGACACCUGUGAACCCUUAUGCGCAACAACCGCCGUCCAGCGACACAUACUCGUCCGCUCCUGCAUACGGCGGAAAUCGCGGAGUCCCUUCAGGACUGCCGUCCGGUCCUCGUCCCGGUGGCUACGGCGGCGGCUUACCAUCUGGUCCUCGUCCUGGAAGCUCCGCCCCACCGCCUUACUCCGCUCAGAAUGAUGCCGCCUUUGCAGACAACAAGAAGAGAUAUGAUUCGGCUGCAUCCAGCCCUUCGAUAGGAUAUGGGAAUGAUCGGCCUGGCGCCCCCAGCGGAUAUGGCGGCAACAGAUACGAUAAUGCUGCCGGCUAUGGCCAGAACAACAACGUUCAGGCUCCCCCCCCGAGACAAGGAGGAUACGGUGGUUUGAGUGAACCAAACCCCCUGUUCGAUGGGCGUCAACAGAGAGAUCCCUAUUGGGCAGUGGCACCACCUCCUCGUCCAGAGAUUCCCGACAAUUAUGAGAACAUGACGGCGGAAGAGAAGGAUGAUUACGAGGCAGAAACCAAGAAGGGAGAAAUCAUCCACACCAUUCGAGAGACAGCCCAGAGCUCAGCUCGCGCCCGGAUGAUGGCUGCUGAAGGAGUGGAGCGUAUGGUGGGCAUGCACCAGAAGUAUGACAGAGAUGAGGCUAUUCUCUACAAGGUUGAGCAGCAACUCGAUGAAUCAAAGCAUCAGGCUCGCUUGGCGAACGCACACCUCGACAAUCUGGACGCUGCCAACUCGUCACUCUUCAACUUGGCCGCAAAUAGCAAAGGAAAGCUUGCCGAGCGUUCAGCGAGGAAGGCUCAGUCUGAGCGAGAGAGGGAGAUUGAUAGAGAUGCGCUCCGGGAGGAGCAGGCUUUGCGGAAGCGAGAGCUGGAGGCCGCCGCUGCUCAAGUGGGCCGGCCAACCUUAGGCUUUAAGAAAGCCGAUCGCUCAAAGUACACCUUUGAGGAUACGGGCGGAGAGCAAGAGGAACUCAACGAUCAGAUUGAUGAUGAUCUGACAGAGAUUGAACGGAGUGUCUCGACUAUGAAUAUGCUGGCCAAGGGAUUCCUUGUGCGGACGGAAGCACAGACCAACCAGGUGACCAGGCUAGUGGAGAAGUCCGAUGCUGCCAGGGACAAAGUUCGUGCGCAGAACAAUCGCAUGAAAGCGGAAUACUCUCCCUAAAAUGCAGUUGGCUCAUGCAUAGUUUAUGUUGCCUGAUGUUUAUAUUUCGGGUUUAGUUUUCCUUGCAGUCUCUGCUAAAUGAUGUUUGUUUCACGUUUUCGGUCUGGUUAAUUCGUGAUUUUAUAUGUGAUUCCAGUUGUCAUGUUGCAUUUCUGCCAGCUUGGAGUCUGAACAUACAUAAGACCAAGACGUACAUUGCUUCUGGUUGUGGUUUUCCAUUUCUCAUGGCGUUUGGCUUGGAUGAAACUUCACUUGAUGUAUGAUCAUUCAAUACUUUCACAACCUAGCAUCUUUCAUAUCUGAGCAAUCAUCAUAGAACCCAGUGUAGGCUUCGAGUGUUUGUAUUCGGGGUAUCAAAUCGUGACAUCCGGGAAGCCUGCCUCGCUGGCUUCAUCACAAGUGUGUCUACGACUUUACAUCUUGACCCCUUGUGACUAUGACGCCAAUUGCACAGUAAAACCAAGACAGUGAUCCUGCCUGACAAAAUUUGCAGUAUGUAAGCAGUUAAAAAAGGAGCCUCGGCGAAAAGUAUGAUGGGCAGCAUAAACCCUCGUUCU